UCGCGCUGGCUCUUCCCUUCGAUUCCCAAACCCCUCCAGUGAGCCCUCCGUCCAUGGAGGGGGAAGAAACGUUCCUGGAGCUCUUCCUGGCCCGGUGCGCCACCCAGCUUGAAGAAGUCACAGAAACAUCUGGCAAUUUCUCAUCUGUGGAUCUUAGCUUCCUACCAGAUGAGCUUACCCAAGAGAAUAAAGAACAGACUGUCAUUAGAAGCAAGCAUGAAACUGAAGAAAAUUGUAAAACUAAAAGUUGGCAAAGUAGGUUGCCAUUACCCAGCCAACAGGACGUUGACCUGGCCUUAAACAGCAGCAGUGGGUCAAAUUCCCAUUCACAUCUCCACCCUGGUGAUGCUGGUGAUGCUGACUCAGCCCAGCCCUCUCCUGAGAAACCACACUCCUUGCCUCUGGCAUCCAUAACUCCCAUGACACCAGUGACCCCUGUUUCAGGAUGUUCUGGAAUUGUGCCUCAACUACAGAAUAUAGUUUCCACUGUAAACCUGGCCUGUAAAUUGGAUCUGAAGAAAAUAGCUUUGCAUGCAAAAAAUGCAGAAUAUAACCCAAAGAGGUUUGCCGCCGUCAUAAUGAGGAUCCGAGAGCCCAGGACUACAGCCCUGAUAUUUAGCUCUGGGAAAAUGGUCUGCACAGGAGCCAGAAGCGAAGAGCAGUCUCGACUUGCAGCAAGAAAGUAUGCUCGUGUGGUGCAGAAGCUGGGCUUUCCUGCCAGAUUCCUCGAUUUUAAAAUUCAGAACAUGGUUGGAAGCUGUGAUGUGAGAUUUCCUAUUAGGCUGGAAGGUUUGGUGCUAUCCCAUCAGCAGUUCAGUAGUUAUGAACCUGAACUGUUUCCUGGCCUUAUUUACAGAAUGGUAAAACCACGAAUUGUGUUGCUUAUCUUUGUAUCUGGAAAAGUUGUGUUGACAGGUGCCAAAGAACGUUCUGAGAUCUAUGAAGCAUUUGAAAACAUCUAUCCUAUUCUAAAGGGUUUUAAAAAAACCUGAGUAUAUCAUUCAACAUCUCACAGUAUGUUGGUUUGAAUAUGUGCAAAAGCCCAGCACAGAAACUGCUGGAUUAUAGAUAUUCCAUGCACAUUUUGACUUCAGUUAUUAAAGUGUGAUUCUGUAUGAGUAACCAUGCCUAAGAAAUGAAGAAACUUUUUU